UUCAAAAACAUCAAACUAUCAACAUACAUUCCUGCUUAAAUAUGUAAAUAAUAAGUGCAGUAAACAAAAAAUUUAUUUUUCAUAAAUAAAACUGAAACAAUAAAUUAAAAUUAACAUAAAUAACAAAAAACUUAAAGUCUAAAGCCCCAGUUUAGAACGUGCCGGAAUUUUUAUAAAUUUGUGCUCAUUUUGAUCAUCAACAGUUGCAGUCAUUAAAGCAGCAAUAACAUUUCAAUAUAGCAAUAUAAAUUAAUAUUGACGAUAAAGUCACAUAUACGCUUAUACGUUUUAUCAUCAAUAUGUAUUGGCAAUGCAACCGUCUCUCUGUACAAUCACUCAGUCGCUGAUCGAAUUUUUCGAGAAUGUCGUCGCAAUUUACACAGUUGGUCUGCAUUGACUUUGUGAAAUAGCGGCUUACUGUCUAACUCGAGCAUUAGCUUAGCCAAUAGACCGACUGCAGUACUGAGCAGCGGCAACAACUUCCACAGAGCAGAACUAGAAAAACCAACUGCAAAAUGACGGUAUCAUACGCAGGCGAGGUGCCAAAUGGCAGCAGUUUUGGUGUAUUUUGGAAAAUUCUAUGGAAAUGGCGCGGCAGUGUUUAUAAAUUGGUUUGGCGAGAAUUAGUCGCUUAUUUAUGCUUAUACUACACAAUAAAUCUAAUUUAUAGAUUUGCUUUAAAUGAACACCAACAAGCCAUAUUUAAUAAGUUACGUGUUUACUUUGGACAGCAAGGUGAGAGCGUACCAAUGUCUUUCGUGCUGGGCUUCUAUGUAAGUCUGGUGGUAAAAAGAUGGUGGGAACAAUACAGACUACUGCCUUGGCCAGAUACCUUGGCUUUAUUUAUAAGUGCAGCUAUACCAAACUCAAAUGGUGGUGUCAAUAAUGAAACCAGCCGGUUGAUGCGUCGUAACAUUAUGCGUUACAUGGUGCUUGCCUAUGUCAUUACAUUGCAGCGCAUAUCGUUGCGUGUGAAGAGACGUUUCCCUACAACACAACAUCUCGUAGAUGCCGGUCUCAUGCAUGAGUCCGAAAUGAAAAUAUUUGAGGCACUUAACCAAAAGAGUCCUAUGUCAAAAUAUUGGAUGCCACUGGUAUGGGCGACUAAUAUUAUAAAUCGUGCACGUAAAGAUGGUCUAAUUGUCUCAGAUCACAUCGUACAAACCAUUUUAAUGGAACUCUCCGAUAUACGUCGCAGAUUAGGUGGACUCAUUGGUUAUGACACAGUUUGUGUACCACUUGUAUAUACGCAGGUCGUUACGCUUGUAUUGUACACAUAUUUUAUAGCCGCAUUAUUAGGCCGACAAAUGUUGCCUGGCGCUUUGAACGGACAUGAAAAUCCGGAUUUGUAUUUUCCAUUGUUUACAGCACUGCAAUUCGUUUUUUAUGUUGGUUGGCUUAAAGUUGCCGAAGUGUUAAUUAACCCAUUUGGAGAAGAUGAUGAUGAUAUUGAGCUCAACUGGCUCAUUGAUAGACAUAUUAAGGCGGCUUAUAUGAUCGUCGAUGAGAUGCAUGAAGAACAUCCAGAACUUCUACGAGAUCAAUAUUGGGAAUGUGUUGUGCCAAAAGAUUUGCCAUAUACUGUAGCUUCGGAGCAUUACCGUAAAGAUGAACCCAAAGGUUCAGCAGAGAAAUACAAAAUUAAAAAAGAGGAUGCCAUGUACGCCAACAUACUGCCCGGCGGAGGCAAACGUGUGCUAGCUGAUGAUGUUUAUGCAGAUUAUGAAAGUGUCGACACACCCAUGGUAGAGCGUCGUAAAAAUAAUUGGCUUGUACGUCAACUAUCACGUAUGGGUUCCAUGCGUAGUCAGUCUACAGCAUAUUCAUCUGGUGGUAUGGCGUUCAAUCGUAAUCGCUUGAAUUCUGUUUAUUCAAGUCCAGAAUCUGGACUACCGCUGGCCAUAAUACAACAGCAGCAACAACAAGCAGUGCAACAACAAAUGCAACAGCAACAAAUGCAAUCGAAACCAAGUUUAUAUGAGAAAUUCGUGCAUCGAAAAUCGUUGCGUGCACAAAAACAAUUAAUUAAGCAGAAUACAAAAUUAAAUGGACUUAGUGCCAAUUUACCUAAAACUCGACCUCGCAUACCCACACCUGAAGUCACAAAAGAAACUGGUGAGAAAGAUUCAAAUGGUAAAUUAAUUUUAGCACCUGUAGCUGCACCACUAACAACAAAUUCUAAUGCACCCUUAGCCACGAAAGCCGCAGUCAUAAUGACGCCACAAUUGAGCACACAAACCUCUAUGUAUCCAUACACAAGCAGCAAUGGUCAGGACGGACCUGUGCUGGGCACACUAUUACUAUCGCCAAUUAAAGAAAUGGAUAGUUCCUCAUCAAAUAACACUUUAAUUCCAGGAAAUGCAACCACAACAGCACUAGCACAAGCAAUCAUGCCAACCAAUAGAAAGGAUGUAGGAUUUGGAGUAACAUCGCCAAUACCAGUUACAACCAAUAUAACUACACUCUCAUUUCCUUUUACGGUCACCACUAGUCCAGCAGAUACUAUGCCUACAGGUACUUUGAACAUUUUGCCUAUUGCAACUGCUCAAAUGCCCACAAUUACUACCACUUCAACUGGUUUUGAUACAAAUGAUGUUAUCACCACAAUUCCAGUGUCACUAUCUAUACAACGUUCACCAUCAGCACUGUCGGAACUAAAUAUUAAUGGACAUGACGACAGUGAUGGAAAACAUAAUCACAAUCAUAAUAAUAACAAUGGUACUGGUGCUGUCACUACCACAGCUCUACUCUCAAUUAAAUCUUCUAAUGGUCCAAAUGUAUCGCGUAACAAUAGCUUUAAUGCAAAUCCUAACUUCAAUUUGUCUGAACCAUUGAAACUAGAACGUACGGCAUCGGUGCGUUCUGCCGGUCAGCCCGAAACCGAGAGUACUAACAAAACCACAAAUAAUAAUUUAAUAUCGAAUGGUCCAACACAACAGAAAUCCGGUAAUACAGUUGUUAUGAAUGGUAUAGCUACCUCAGCGCCUUCAACAUUAGCCAAACGAAAUCCAGAAGCAACUAAAAAAGAAGUCUAUGUGUAAAACUUAUUUUUUUUUUUGAUAAAAAUUAUAAUUAUUGAUAGUCAGAUACUUGUCAGUACUUUCUCUGAAUACAUUUAAAUGUAAUCUUCUACGAAUCCACAAUUUUCAAUGUUCGGAACUGCAAACAUUCAACGUAAUGCAAUUGAAUAGAAUUGAUCAGUAGUAUUGUUCUCUUUGAAGAAAAAACCGUAUAAAUGGUCAAACGUCUGUUAUCAUAUCAUUAAUCAGAUAGAGUAAUUAUGUUAAAAGAAUACAACAAUCAAUAUACCAUAGAACAGUUGUUUUCAACCUUUUUUUGACUGAGGACUGCUUUGAUAUUUUUGUUUUCCAUAGGGACCACAAAGUUUAAGAAUAAUAAACUGUAUGAUUAUUUAUAUGGUUUUCUAAUAAGUGAGGUCUCAGUGGAGAACAACUUUAUUCAUAUAAUCUAAAAGCUACCUUUUCUGUCGAAAUAAUAUGACAAUAUAAAUUUUUAAAAUGUUUUUCUGGAAAAUUAGUGCAAUCUAUUUUAUUAAUAGCUCUCCAGCAUGGGCAAACACAGAAUGCGUUGUAAAAUGAAAUAAUGUAGGUGAAAUAAUAUGAAAUUAUCAAAAGGGUCUAUCUCCAGACAGAAAACAACAAAGGUGUGAUAACAAUUUCUCGGGCAUGCUAAUUUGGCAAUAGAUUUUAUUAUUGACAACUAUUUUUAGUAACUUCUUCGACUAUUUCUCGAGAUGCAGAUGUUCAAAGUUAUAAACUAUUUACAUUGAUUACGCCCAUCUAACGCUAAACAUUACCUAUAAUUUUUACAUUGAAUACAUUUCUUUAUAAUUAGACGGGCGAGAUGGCUCGAAGCUUUUAUGUAAAAAUUCUUGUUGUAAAGCUCGAUAUCUCGAAAACUAAGCUAUACUCACAUAUUGUAAAGUAGAAAAAAUGCCUCAGAAUUGAUGUCUUUAAAAAAAUUUGUCACCUAGUGGAUAUAUUCGCAAAAUUUGUAUCAAGAAGACUUUUAAGAGUGGCAACGUUUUAUAUCUUCCUUCGGGUACUCUGACGUUUCCCAGUUAUUUAUCAUUUAUUCUGUUUUUGCCUAUACCUUCGAAUUUGGGCGCUCACCAUUUAGGGGGUCAUUCUCGCGUGGGCUAUUUUUUAUUAUGAAAUAUUUAUUCGAUUAUACUUCUAGAAGGAUAUCACUCCAUAUGCUUCCCUUGGUUUUUUCUCUGUUUCCAAGUUUGUUUUUUAUAAUAUGUUAGUUAUUCUGCAAGUUAAGUCAACUUUAUUCUAUUUCAAUUGCAUUUCAUUGAAACAUAAAAAUUCCUACUAGAAUAGUAAUUUCAAACUGAAGCUAUUGUCUUUCUAAAUUAUAUAAAUUAUGAUUUUUUAUAAUAUUGUUAAUUAAUGAAAUUUUAAUUGCAGUCACACCAUUACACAGUAUAGAUUUAUUACAAUUAAAACACUAUUAAGUGAAAUUUCAGUUCUAUAUGUUAUGUCAAAUAUCUCCCUAUGAAGACUAUCACACUACCUAAAUAGCAAAUACUUCCCUAUAAUGUAGUGAUAUUAACUUACAAAAUAAUAGUAACAUAAUAAAAUGUUCGAUAGUUUGUAAUAUAUGUAAAUGCAAUCAUUAUUCACUAAAAAUAGGUUGUGAAAAAAUUAGAAAU